AUGGACAAUCAACACGCCGAAAACUUGGAGAAUACCAAAAAAAAUACGCUUGUACUCCCAACAAAAAUUAAGCAUAACCGAGAAAAGAUUAUCGUUAACACGAAAAAAAACGUUGUUCCGUUACAAAAGACUGAUGCUCGUCUGGAUGACGUGAAACAGUCAGUUGCCCAAGACACAACUGAUUGGAAAAAGGUUGCAAAAAAUUUAAAGGCUCGUCUUGCGUUUGCUAGCUUUAAAGUGCGACAUAAUUGGCAAUAUUAUAAUAUGUCUACCUGUGAAAAGAUAACCCAAGGAAAACCGCAUUCACCAAGCCAACUUGGCGAAUCUUUCACCCCGAUUUUGCUUAAUGAUUCGAGUCUUGAACAAAUAAUAGAUCUGACGAAUGAUCCGAACGAUAAAGAUUCGAAGAAACCUAAAAAAAGAAGACAUAGUGAUGACUUCACAUCGAAUAUAAAGAAAGCAAAACAUCAAUAUAUCCUACCAACUAUGAAAUCAUUAGAAAAAUCAAUUUGCGAGGAUUCAUUGGCACCAGAACUUGUGAAUGACCAAUCAAACACUACUACGACAACUAAUACGAGAACAAAUAGCACAACAGCGGCGGAAUUAAACCAAUUUCCAAUUUUGGUUCCUACCGAAGAACAAACAUUCUCGAAUGGAUGGGAUCCAAUGCUAUCCGAUAACUUUAGUCAACUUCAAGAUCUGACAGGAAUCGAUGAACAUGGAGCAGCAUCAUCUUUUCCCAGUACCCCGCCACAACAACCACCUAAAACUCCGACUGAUGAACAUGCCGCAGAAUUAUUAUAUUAUUUCGCAUCAUCACCCGUUACUACAUCUCCGGGUCGAACUCCUGCAAGCCGUUUCCCACUACCAGAAACUCAUAUGGGAUUCACUACUCCACCACCUCGUACAAAUAUUGACACUUCAACGCCUGACUCGAGAUUCUCAUUAAGUGAAUUUGCAGCUCACCCUCCUCUAAGUGAUCCACAUAAUAACACGUCAAACACACACUCAUUAAACACGCCACCUGCAAUCUCCCUAUCGUUUGACGAUUACGUAAGCGAAACUCCAAGAAAAUCUAAUAAUAAUACUACUCCAUCAGGUCAUUUAAAUCUUUUCACCGAACUUUUGCAGAUGAAUUCCGCUGCAACAAAGCCAAUCGCAACAAAUUCUGCCUUUGCUCAAGGAGCAAAGUAA